AUGCGAUUUAACUUGCUUUUGUCUGUUUGGUGUAUCGAUGAAAUAGUUGGAUUUAUAUUGUAUAAGAGAAGAAACGUAGAUAAUAAAGAUACUUAUAUUUUAAACAUAGCUAGUAUAUUAAUAUUAUUUUGGUUACCAGAGUACUUUUAUGAUGAAUUACUGACUUGGUCUUAUGGUUCUUACACCCUAUAUACUAUAUUUUUAUUCACCAUGGAUAUUCCACAAUUGUUCGCUUAUAGUACACCAAUUGCUAUCAUUACCAUUUUAAAAACUAAUGAUGAACAUUUCAGAAGAGCAAUAGAAAAGAGAAACUUGUGGAAGUUAAAGAAUUUUAAAGGAAAUUCUGAAGAUGAAGUAGAAGAGUAUAACGUAAUUUCUGAUACAAAUAAUAUUUCCAAUGUCUAA